AUGGCUACGCCUUCAGCAAUCCCAGUCGACCCUCGCCGGGACUCAGUUGUGCGAAUCAACCGCACGACCCGCGGAGGCCGCCACCUCUGGUAUCAGCUAUCGGUUCUGCAACAACCCGAACGUGCUCGAGCAUGCGGUGCUGGUAAUAAGGCCAACAGUGACCGGCGCCCUGUUGACCCUCCGCCCGUUGUUGAACUGAGGAUUCGCCAUGGUGACUCCUGGGAACGGGGCAAGGACAUUACAUUUGACUACAAUGCGAGUUUCUUCCUAUACGCUAGCCUGGAACAAUAUAGAAAGAUAUCUUCGGGGCGCAUGGGAACGCAGCAACCUCCAAUUUUGACCGGCGUGCCAGCUUCUGGUAUGGCCUACCUCGAUCGCCCAACCGCAGCUGGCUACUUCAUCUUUCCCGAUCUUUCCGUUCGGCACGAAGGCCAGUAUCGCCUCUCGUUCAGCCUUUUCGAGACGACGAAGGAGGAGAUCGACUUCGAUAUGGAUCCUAGCGACGGCGAUCUGCCUCCCGGAGUGGAUUGGCGCAUGGAAAUCAAGACCAACCCUUUCGACGUGUUCAGUGCAAAGAAGUUCCCUGGCCUGAUGGAAAGCACGGCUUUGAGCAAGGAAGUCGCUGAUCAAGGGUGCCGCGUGCGAAUCCGCCGCGACGUGAGGAUGAGGAAGCGUGAAACGAAGCCAAGGGACCAUGAUCGUCGCGACGACGACUACUCCCGGCGAAGGAACCCUACACCCGCCAACGAGGAUCCUCACAGCGCGCGGGCCCGUUCGAUGAGCAAUUCGAGUGACCAGCAACACGGUCCAUAUGGUCCCGACCGACCUCGAAGACCGUCGGCAAUUGAUACCGCCUAUCCUCAACCUAUCCAGCCAGCGUAUGAAGCACCAUCUAAUCGCCAUCUCUCCUUCGGUGGUGACAGCGGCGCCCCUCACCGGAAUCCCAACAAUCGUCUCAUCCUCCAAGCCGAAAUGGGCCACCAACUUGUCAAUCUCCUGCAGUUGGACACGGCAACCAUGAUCGCCGACCCUCUGGCAACUACAUUCCACCAUCCCCAUCGGUCUACUCAUCCGAAGGUCAUGUUCGCCAUGACUCUCAACACUCCUCAUAUCCUCCCACGCCUGUCUCCCGCCAUCCACCCAGCGCUAUGUUUGGUCCACAAUCUCAUCCUCAAGCUCCUCAGACCCAAGCAGCUGCAAGGCCAUCAUCAGGUUCUAUUAAGAUUGCGCAUUUAUUAUCAGGUGAGGCUUCAUCCUCAUCUGAACCUCCUCUCCAACCGCGACGGGUUGAGUCUGUUCCACAACUACGUCACAUUGAGCCAGCUCCCCAAACACGCCACAUUGAAACCGCCCCCAUUGGGCCUAUUUUCCAACCGCGGCGUGAGCCUGGUCUGCGCCCACUCUUGCCCUCCUUGGCACCAGGCGAGACGAUACAGCCACAUAGAAAUGAUUCUGCUUUGCCACCAAUUGCGCCUGACCACAACCACUACCCACGUUCAUCUUUGA